UCCAGCGACGGGGGCUAUUCGAGCCCGCGAGGAAUGCUUUUGUGUACAGUUCAGCGCGGGUCUCUAAGGCGAUCAGGAAACAACACGGCGCGAGGCCACGGCUCCCCAGGGACGCACCUGCUAUCACGCGCCCAUAUCUGCAUCCAGACCUGCGCCGUGUUUGCCUGCCAUAGGCUGAAGGCGAUAGCGUUGCUAGCGAACCGUCAUGGAAAUUACACCGCAGCAUUAAUGUAUUUGAUGACUAGGUUAAACGCCAAUAUGUCGAUUGAUGCGCUCGUUUUCGAGCAUUAGCAGUACAUUUCAAAGUGUGCUACGCGUUCUUUUCGUUGUUGCUGUUUUUUUUAAUAGCAGGAAAGCUACUGAAGUGAGAAAGUUGGAAGUGCUCUCCUAGACGGGCAACACAGGUGUUCCGGACGACAUUUCAAAGCUUUUAUAUUUGGACCAGUGCAGUUUUUCUACUCGAUUUCGGAUGGUUGUCUGUUUUAGUGCUGGAUAAUUCUGUUUUUAACCUGGACAAGUGCGCACCUGUCGCAGAAGGUAUGAAAGACACGGGGGAAUCUAAAGACCAUCAGCUUACAGUAGCGUUGCGAAUCCGCCCGCUGAGCGAGGCUGAGCGUGAGGAGGCUGCGACUAUCGUGGCUCAUCGAGUGGACGAGCAGAUGGUGGUUCUGAUGGACCCAGGUGAAGAUCCUGAUGAUAUCUUGCGGGCUCACCGAUCAAGGGAAAAGACCUACAUGUUUGAUGUGGCAUUUGAUUGCUCUGCUAGCCAGGAGGAGGUAUAUCGCGCCACCACUAAAGGUCUGAUUGAGGGGCUGAUCUCAGGAUACAAUGCCACUGUGUUCGCUUACGGGCCGACAGGUUGUGGAAAGACCUACACGAUGCUGGGUACUGACAGGGAUCCUGGGAUCUACGUGCAGACGUUGAAUGACCUGUUUCGUGCCAUCGAGGAGACCAGCGAUGACAUGCAGUACAGCGUGUCCAUGUCCUACCUGGAGAUCUAUAAUGAGAUGAUUCGUGAUCUGCUGAACCCUGCCUCUGGGUUCCUUGACCUGCGGGAGGACUUCAAGGGCGAGAUCCAGGUGGCUGGAAUCACUGAGGUGUCCACCAUCAACGCCCGAGAGAUCAUGGAGCUGCUGAUGAAGGGGAAUAAACAGCGCACGCAGGAGCCCACAGCAGCCAAUCAGACUUCUUCGCGCUCGCAUGCGGUGCUGCAGGUGGCCGUGCGGCAGCAGAGUCGCUGCAGAGACGUGCUGCAGGAGGUCCGCUUCGCCCGCCUCUUCAUGAUCGACCUGGCCGGGUCUGAGCGUGCCUCACAGACACAGAACAGGGGUCAGAGGUUAAAGGAAGGGGCGCACAUUAAUCGCAGUCUCCUGGCUCUAGGGAACUGCAUAAACGCCCUGAGUGAGAAGAAUGGGAACAAAUAUGUCAACUACAGAGACAGCAAGCUGACACGCCUGCUCAAGGACUCUUUGGGCGGGAACAGCCGUACAGUGAUGAUCGCACACAUUAGCCCCGCCUCUUUGGCGUUUGAGGAGUCACGGAACACGCUGACCUACGCUGACCGUGCCAAGAGUAUCCGCACACGGGUGAAGAAGAACCUGUUGAAUGUGUCGUACCACAUCGCUCAGUACACCAGCAUCAUCGCUGACUUGCGCAGUGAGAUUCAACGGCUCAAAAACAAGAUUUCUGAGCAGGCUGACCGGCAGACCAGCAGCAGCACUGAGCACGCUGACAUUCGCCAUGUACAGGCCCAGGUGCAGGCACACACAUCGCUCCAGAGCCGUGAGGAGAUGGACCAGCUCAGGGAGCAGCUGAUCCAAGCCUUCCGUCAGCAGAUGGAGAUCCGCAAAACUCUGGUGGAGCUGGAGAACUGCAGCAUGGAGAUCCAGAGCGACACGUCCAAACACCUACUCACCAUCACAGACUGGGAGCAGGAGCAGAGCCGCAGGGCCUGUAAGUGGCAGGCGGAGCGGCGCAAAGAAAGCGCCAAUAAGGACGAGAGCGAGGACUGCGAGUCGCCGGAAACGCCGCCCGACACCGCCGAGACAGAGGAGGUGACCCGCGCCCGCCACAGCCUGGUCACGCUCAUGGGAGAACAGAAGAGAAUCCAGAAAAAGAAGGUGGUGCUGGAGCGGCAGUUCAGGGAGCUGAGGGAGGGGGCACGGAGGCUGGAGGAGCUGCUGCCUCGCCGGGUGAGCUCAGACGAGCAGCGGGAGGUGCUGGGGCUGCUCUGCAAGGUGCACGAGCUGGAGAUCGAGAACGCAGAGAUGCAGUCCCACACCCUGCUCAAGGACAACCUCAUCCGCCAGAAGAACUAUGUGGUGCAGAGAUUUGAGCAGCACAGGCACCUGUGUGAUGAGAUCAUUCAGCAGCAGAGGCAGUUCAUCAAUGACCACAAGUUGCUGGUGCCACAGAGGCUGCAGCAGCUCUAUGAGAUGUACUGCAGGGAGCCCGAUUACAGAAGCAUGGACAGAGCUGUGGCCCUGGACAAGGUCUCCAUCUGCACCCUCAGAGAUUUGGAGUCUGACCAGGAGAGCGUGCGCACGCUGGGUUCUGAUCCCCAGGCUGGCCACAGCACGACCAGGAGACACACCCUGCCCCCCAUCCUGGCCCCGCCCGAGGGCGAUAGUAACCGGGUGUUUAAGAACAGUCCCCACCCCCGGCGGCUCAGACACACAGCAGUCAUGACCCCACCCCCUAUCCGCAUCAAUGGCCUAGGCAGCCAAGAGGGGAGCAGUCUCAGGUAUAGCCACCUGAGCCACAGUGUGAGCAGCCACCUGGACUCUUCCCCGGAGAGCAGCAGUGAAACUGGAGCCGACGCCCUGCUUACAUGCCGAGAGCGGCAGCAGAUUCUGAGGGGAGUGAAGAACAUUGCGGUAAAAGCAGCUCGCCGGCGGUCCAGGGCCCGGGGGGCCGACACUUUGCAGCUGGCCCCGCCCCUGUCCCCGCCCACCUCACCACUCCCUCCUAGCAAGCAGAAGAGCAGUCUGUCCCUCAGCGAGUCCACGCCCUCCAGAGGCCCCGCCCAGCACCCUGCCCCUCCCCGCGCCGGCCUGCCCAGCCCUCGGCUGCACCAUGCAGCCUCUGAUGACAACCUGUCCAGCAGCACUGCUGAUGGCCCCGCCCUGCAGGGCACCUGGACACGCCCCCGACUCCGCCUGCCCGUGCCCAGCUUGGGCAGGGACGUCCCCGGGGGUGCGCUGAAGGAGCAGGACUUCCAGGCUCGCCGCCGCAAACGCAGGUCCCGCUCUUUCGAGGUUACAGGGCAAGCGGUCAUGGCUCAAGGUUUGGGUCCCCUUGACAGCAGUUCUGACCCCCACCUGCACAUCAGCGUCCAGCCAACUGUCCCUACGCUCCGCCCCCAGCUUCGCCCUCAGCCCCGCCCACAGCCCAGAGCCUUCCCCCCACUCACCAGAGCAAAACCUCCCCUCAACACAAACCCUACAGGUCCGCCCAUCAUGGCCUCAGGAACUUCACCUGGCCCGCUUGGCCACCAGGGCAGCCACAAACGCAAAGCUCACCUACGCCUCCCCCAGCCUCUGCUGCACAUUAACAACGUCCCCACUGGGGUACCGCGAACACGCAAACACUGAGGGACUCACACACACAGGUACCACAAACACGCAAACACUGAGGGGCUCACACACACAGGCACCACAAACACGCAAACAGUGAGGGGUUCACACACACAGGCACCACAAACACUGAGGGGCUCCCACACACAGGUACCACAAACAUGCAAACAUUGAGGGGCUCACACACACAAGUACCACAAACAUGCAAACACUGAGGAGCUCACACACACAGGUACCACAAACACGCAAACACUGAGGGGCUCACACACUCAGGUACCACAAACACGCAAACAGUGAGGGGCUCCCACACACAGGCACCACAAACACGCAAACACUGAGGGGCUCCUACACACAGGUACCAGAAACACGCAAACAGUGAGGGGCUCCCACACACAGGUACCACAAACACGCAAACACUGAGGGGCUCCCACACACAGGUACCACAAACACACAAACACUGAGGGGCUCACACACACAGGUACCGCAUUCCGGUACAUAUCCACAAUCCACACAUACUGGUACCAGUAUUCCCUCUGUUAUUAAGACCAGUUUAGCUACUGUCUCUGCCUCUUAAAACAUGCUCAGCCCCAUCUUAAGAAGUCCACCAGAACACUCCAGACUCCAGAACACUUUGCAACUUUCAUCCUAUUUCUAAACUGCUUUUCCUUUACAAAAUACUGGACAAUGUAGUCUUCUCCCAAUUGAUGUCAUUUCUAAACCACAAUGACAUUCUGGAAUUGUUCCAGUCUGGUUUCAGAGCCCUCCAUAGCACAGAGUCUGUCCUCCUGAAGGUGACAAAUGACCUGAUACUUGCAGUCGAUGCUGGAAACUGUGCCAUUUUAAUCCUAUUCAAUCUAAGUGCCGCCUUCGACACUGUUGACAAUGAAAUACUCAUUGUGUGUAUGAUCGGUUUUCAGGGUACAGCAAAAAUUGGUUUAUUUCCUACCGUAGGCACAGGAAUUUCAGUGAACAUCAGUAAUCACUUCUCUUCCACUGCAUCCAUCACCUACGAGGUCCCUCAAGGGUCCAUAUUAGAGCCUAUUCUCUUUUCUAUACAUAUAUGCUCCCUCUGGGACAUAUCAAUUGUAAAGCGCUUUGGAUAAAAGCGCUAUAUAAAUGCAGUCCAUUUUACCAUUUAUAUCAUUCACAAGCACAAUCUCUUUUCAUUGCUAUGCGGCCAAUACCCAACUCUACCUCCCCUUGAAACCCAGUGAUGUGUGCUCCUUGCAUAGCCUAAAUGAUGGAGAUUAAGAGCUGGAUGGCCAACAGCUUAAAUGACUCUGAAGCUGAAGUCAUUUUAUUUGGCCCACCUAAAUCCCUUGCCAGUCUCUAUGAAAAUCUUGGUUGUCUCUCUCCGCUAGUUAAAUAGCAUGCUAGAAAUUUGGCAGUUAUCUUUGAUUCCCUGUUGUUAAAGGGAGCUUCUUCCAGCUUAGAGCAAUCUGCAAAAUCAAAUAUUUUCUCUCCUUCCAUGAUUUAGAGAAAGUCAUGCAUGCUUUCAUCUCUUCUUGGCUAGAUUAUUGUUACUCUCUCGACACUGGUAUCAAUCAGCCACUUUUGUCAUGUUUACGGCUAGUGCAAAAUGCCACCGCUAGAUUACUUACUGGCACUAAGAAGUGGGACCACAUCACUCCUCUUAGCGUCCUUGCAUUGGCAUACAGUUUUAGAAUCCAUUUCAAGGUUUUACUUCUUGUUUUUGAAGCUCUUAGUAGGCUGGCUCACUCUCAUAUCACUGACCUACUCUGCCCUUAUAUCACUCCUAAGUCUCUACGGUCCUUCACCUAGGUGCUUGUGGCUGUUCCAUGGUCCCGGCUAAGACUCAAGAGUGACCGUGCCUUUGCAGUCUUUGGUAAAUGGUAAAUGGACUGCAUUUAUAUAGCGCUUUUAUCCAAAGCGCUUUACAAUUGAUGCCUCUCAUUCGCCAGAGCAGUUAGGGGUUAGGUGUCUUGCUCAAGGACACUUCGACAUGCCCAGGGCGGGGUUUGAACCGGCAACCCUCCGACUGCCAGACAAUCGGUCUUACCUCCUGAGCUAUGUCGCCCCUUUGCUUCCCUUUCCUACCACUCAGCAUUAGGUCUGCCCCGUCCAUCUCUGUUUUUAAAUCCACACUCAAAACACAUCUCUAUGCCAGAGCAUUUCCCCACGUUUUUAUGCAAAGAUGUUCCUUUUCUGUCCUGUGUGUGUUCACCUUUGAAUAUUAGGGUAUUUAUUUUGUACUGCACUUUGGUUCAACAGUUUGUGUUUUAAAUUUUCUUUAAAACAGCAGCUAGGGGUGCAGCGAUUGACUGGCUGUGGAUUGGAACUGGCCCAUUUUGCUCCGUAACAUGCGGUCAGUGAUCGGCAGGUUUAAUUUUUAGUUUUGCCGAUCUGUAUUCCGAUGUAAGGAAAUGUGAGCGGAGCAGAGUCCAUGCGCAAGCUGCAUUGUAAUUCUGCUGCUACAUCUUUCCCAAAAUCUCAGCGGUCUAAUAAUUAUGUGAAGCAGAUAUUAAAGGUCUGUUUUUUUAAACCUAUGUCAUAUUUUUGUACUAGACCAUAAGCUACACUAUUCUGUGCGCACACAAAUUAAACUUUGCUAUUCGUCUGUCUAUUCUGGUUCAAAUAAGUAUAGUCGGUCAUCAAAGUCAAAAGGCUGGACAGCAUCCUCAUAAUAGUCUGAUGAAUAAUUAGUUAGUGCAUCAUGUUCAGGAUUUGGAUUUUCAGCAUUAUCUUAUAAAGGUAAUCCACAUUUAAGGUAAAACAUGUUGACACUACUUGCAACUUUUGAGGAGCUUAUUAGAGAAAUCAGCUCUUCCCCUGUGACUGCAGCAGAUGUCAUUCUGUCCAUCGUUGCACUAAAACGUAUCCUAAGAUAAAGCCUGUCGCAUAUCAUGGUGUGAAGCACCAUGAAAGCAGUUGAGAAAAUAUUCAGCCACACUGAAUCAGAGCUCCUUUACUGUGUGGCUACGACAACAAUAUAACAACAAUGCUGUUAAUAAUAAUAAUAAUAAUAAUAAUAAUUAAAGUAUCUGAAUGUAUUGGUAAACUAUUAAGCAAAUAAACAAUCUUAUGUGUCCUUUGUUACCUGUUGCUUAAAAAUAAAUAAGUAAAUAAACAAAAAAAAACAUAAAAAACUGAAAUGGAAUCGGCUGAUGUGGCUUUAAGAAAUUGGCAGCUGCACCCAGCACUUACCU